UUACAUAAUCAAUUUUGUCCAAUCAGCGAUAGGAAGAUCAUCACUCAAUCAGAUGUUAUUGAUAAAGAAUUUAAUGUUGUUGAUUUUGUAAAUGCUGCUAAUAAUAUUAUAGAAAUAAAUAACUGUGAUUCACCUAAUACUAAUACUAAUUCUAAGCUUGUUGAUAUUGUUGCAAAUAUUGUUAUAAUUGUUGUUGCAGAUGUUGUUGUAAAUGUUGGUGCAAAUGUUGUUACAAAUAUUGUGGUAG